AUGACAAUUGCAGCGAAGCUCCUAAUCGCUAGGACGAUGAAUGAGUUUAAUGCCAGAAUCUACCAUCAGUAGCCCUCAAAAUGAUGAACCCUAUCCGAUAUGUAUUUAUUGGACUGCUUCUUUGUUCGUUUAUUUCGCAAAAUGAUGUAGGACCUACGGUCAAACAUGUACUUGAGUACAUGUACACAAGCUUCAAUUCCUCCCACUAUGAAGUCGCUGGGUUGUUGGAUGGAGAACUGGUGGACUUCUACAGCAGUGCCCUCAAGUCCACUGUACCUAAAAAAAGCUGGAAUGAAGAAAAUACAAGCUUUGGAUAUAAAGACUGGCAAGAAAUUCUUUCAGCUCGACAGGAAGUUAAUAGGUAUUUUUUAUCCAGUGGUGUAGAUCUGAGGAGGCACUUUGUAAAACAUCCCUUAACUGGUGAUAUUGUGCAGAUGAAGCUUGGUUGUACUGUGGAUAUAACCAUCAUUGAAAGAAAAAAAACAGAGAAAGCCGUUGGCUUUGCUGAGUUUGCCUAUGAUGGAAACACAGUGCUGUUCCUCAGUGAUAACUCAAGUAUGUGGAUCCCAAAAGAUGUAUAUGCUCAUGAUAUUCAUGAUAUCGUACACAAAUGGAACACGCAAAGCAUGAAAGACCACUUGACCAACUUUGUGAAUGUGGACUGUCCAGUGGCACUUGAUCGUUUCCGAUUAUUAGAGCGCACAAACUCAUCUGCUCCAAAGGUCUACACUGUCCCUGGUGGCUCUUUAAAACCUGGGUUGAUCAACCUGACUUGUUUAAUUACCGGAUCCUAUCCAAAGUCGUCACCCAUUGAGCUGAACCUGUUUAGGGACAACAUCCUCCUAACAGAGAUGGAGGGUGUCCAUUCCUCAGGAGUCAGACCUAACGAAGACCACACCUACCAGCUGAGGAAGACGGUGAGGAUCGACACCGCCGAGUCUGUCGUUUAUCGAUGUGAUGUCAAUCAUAAAAGCUUCCCUAAACCCCGGAAUUACACUUGGGAGGUGAAAAAACAAGAUAUUCGAAUUUACAUUGGACUAUGCAUAUUGUUGCUUUUCCCACUGGGGACUGUUGUACUGUUUUUCAAAAACAGAUGGAGAUCUGAGCCUAAUAGAUAUUUGGCUGGAUUUCCCCCAGCUAAUCCUGGAGAGAAUGCUGCCCUGGGAGUUCAGGAUGGAGGGAGUUUGAUUGAUGAAGCCUAUGGAAGUCGUGGAAGCUCUGAUUCAGACCUGUCACAGAUUCAAAUAACCUAAUUGGAAUUCAACACAGACCCAGCUGACAACUAGUACAGGGUCUUAAGUAGGUACUUUGAAACACUCUUAUCCGAUUGUCAAUUUCCAAGCGUUUUACGUGCCAACUGAAGAAAACCCAGAGUUUAUAAUUAUGCAUUACCUCUGCCUGGGAUCAAGUUACCAAAGGUAACUGACUACAAGAGGAGACACUCAACACUAACAUGGACUGACACACCAUACAGUAAAGAAUACUGAGGAAAUGAAGGGCUUGUUAGAGACAUUUCCAUGUGUCCUGAUCGUUGUCUGGCUGUUAUCACAGAGCUCAUUACUAAGAUGGUGAUAGAUAUUUGACUAUGUAUUUGUAAUGUUUCUGUAAAGCAGGCUAGUUACGUCCUGUGUGCCUCAGUUGUUAGAGCAUGACACUUGCAACGCCAGGGUUGUGGGUUCUAUUCCCAUGAGGGAGCAUUAUGAAGUAUGAAAAUAUAUGCACUUUCUUCUGUAAACUGCUCUUAUUUUGUAAAUGUACUCGGAUGUCACGACUUCCGCCGAAGUUGGCUCCCCUGCCUGUUCGGGCGGUGCUCGGCGGUCGUCGUCACCGUCCUACUAGCCACUACCGAUCCCUUUUUCGUUUGUCUGUUGGUUUUGUCUUAUUAGUUUCACCUGUGUGUAUUUUAGUUUAAUUAACGCCCUUAUAUGUAGUAGGUUGUCCCGCCCUUAUUUUGUGCGGGAUUGUUUUUGUAUUCAUGUCAUUUGGUGUCCUCGAGGUCGAAAUUAGGGAUUUGGUGGAGGAUUUAGCGGGGAUGGGACGUUGUCUCCCGCUACCUCCUUCACCAAAGAAGAAAGGGAUGAAGAGGGGGAGCUUGGCAGGAAGUG